CUCGUUUGAAAAUAAUGUGGAUGGUAUUAUAUCAAUGCACUGCACAAAAAGAGAGAAACAGCAGCAGCAAAUGCAGCAGCAGCAGCAGCAGCAGCAGCAGAUGCAGCAGAUGCAACAGCAGCAGAUGAAGCAGCAAAUGCAGAAGCAGAUGCAGCAGCAGCAGGAUACAUCAGCAAAUGGUGCAGCAGAUGCAGCAGAUGCAACAACAGCAGAUGCAUCAGCAAGUGCAGUAGCAGACGCAGCAGCAGCAGCAGCAGCAGCAGCAGCGGCAAAUGCAGCAGCAGACGCCACAUGA